AUGCUUUCUUUCUUCGGCGGGCGGACAAAUGCCAUUCAGCUGUAUUAUGAGGGUGAUGCAAAGUAUGUGGAUUUCACUUCACUGUAUCCAUGGGUCAAUAAAUACUGUUUGUACCCCGUCGGACACCCUAAUAUUAUUACUGAAAAUUUUGAUGCCUUGGAAAACUAUUUCGGUAUUAUAAAGUGCCGAAUACUGCCUCCUCGAGGUUUAUACCUCCCCGUAUUGCCGUACAGAGCACAAAAUAAACUGAUGUUUCCCCUCUGCAAGACUUGUGCUGAAUUAAUGUAUCAAGGCAUUUGCCAGCACUCAGAUGAUGAGAGAGCCAUCAUUGGCACAUGGGUGACUGAAGAAGUCAAAUUAGCAGUGAAAAAAGGUUACUGUAUAACAAAGGUAAGUAUUUUGGGUAAUUAUUAGUAUUAUUGAAUGUGUUAUAAAUGUCACAGCAU